AUGAUGGGGUGCUGGAUUUUGAAUGAGGGUCUCUCCACCAUAUUAGUACUCUUAUGGCUGGGAAUAAAUUUUUAUCUGUUUAUUGACACGUUCUACUGGUAUGAAGAGGAGGAGUCUUUCCAUUACACACGAGUUAUUUUGGGUUCAACACUGGCUUGGGCACGAGCAUCUGCACUGUGCCUGAAUUUUAACUGCAUGCUAAUUCUAAUACCUAUCAGUCGAAACCUUAUUUCAUUCAUAAGAGGAACAAGUAUUUGCUGCAGGGGACCGUGGAGGAGGCAAUUAGACAAAAACCUCAAAUUUCACAAACUGGUCGCCUAUGGGAUAGCUGUUAAUGCAACCAUCCACAUCGUGGCGCAUUUCUUCAACCUGGAACGCUACCACUGGAGCCAGUCCGAGGAGGCCCAGGGACUUCUGGCUGCACUUUCCAAGCUGGGCAACACUCCUAAUGAGAGCUACCUCAACCCUGUCCGGACCUUCCCCAAAAACACAACCACUGAAUUGCUAAGGACAAUAGCGGGCAUCACCGGCCUGGUGAUCUCUUUGGCUUUAGUCUUGAUCAUGACCUCGUCAACCGAGUUCAUCAGACAGGCCUCCUAUGAGUUGUUCUGGUACACACACCAUGUUUUCAUCAUCUUCUUUCUCAGCCUGGCCAUCCAUGGGACGGGUCGGAUUGUUCGAGGCCAAACCCAAGACAGUCUCUCUCUGCACAACAUCACCUUCUGUAGAGACCGCUAUGCAGAAUGGCAGACAGUGGCCCAAUGCCCCGUGCCUCAAUUUUCUGGCAAGGAACCCUCGGCUUGGAAAUGGAUUUUAGGCCCUGUGGUCUUGUACGCAUGUGAAAGAAUAAUUAGGUUCUGGCGAUUUCAACAAGAAGUUGUCAUUACCAAGGUGGUAAGCCACCCCUCUGGAGUCCUGGAACUUCACAUGAAAAAGCGUGGCUUUAAAAUGGCACCAGGGCAGUACAUCUUGGUGCAGUGCCCAGCCAUAUCUUCGCUGGAGUGGCACCCCUUCACCAUUACCUCUGCCCCCCAGGAAGACUUCUUCAGCGUGCACAUCCGGGCAGCAGGAGACUGGACCGCAGCACUACUGGAGGCCUUUGGGGCAGAGGGACAGGUCCUCCAGGAGCCCUGGAGCCUGCCAAGGCUGGCAGUGGACGGGCCCUUUGGAACUGCCCUGACGGAUGUAUUUCACUACCCAGUGUGUGUGUGCGUUGCCGCGGGGAUCGGAGUCACUCCCUUCGCUGCUCUUCUGAAAUCUAUAUGGUACAAAUGCAGUGAGGCACAGACCCCGCUGAAGCUGAGCAAGGUGUAUUUCUACUGGAUUUGCCGGGAUGCAAGAGCUUUUGAGUGGUUUGCUGAUCUCUUACUCUCACUGGAAACACGGAUGAGUGAGCAGGGGAAAACACACUUUCUGAGUUAUCAUAUAUUUCUUACUGGCUGGGAUGAAAAUCAGGCUGUUCACAUAGCUUUACAUUGGGAUGAAAAUACUGACGUGAUUACAGGCUUAAAGCAGAAGACCUUCUAUGGGAGGCCCAACUGGAACAACGAGUUCAAGCAGAUCGCCUACAAUCACCCCAGCAGCAGCAUUGGUGUGUUCUUCUGUGGACCUAAAGCUCUCUCGAGGACACUUCAAAAGAUGUGCCGCUUGUAUUCAUCAGCUGACCCCAGAGGUGUUCAUUUCUAUUACAACAAGGAGAGCUUCUAGACUUUGGAGGUCAAGUCCAGGCAUUGUGUAAGUGGCUGCAAUCAUACAGGUCAGGGAUUGGGAAACUCUUCCCAUAAGGGGCCAAACAGUAAUCAUUUUAGGCUCUGUGCACUGUACGGUCCCACUCUCAACUACUGAACUCUGCCAUUGUAAAGUGCCAACAUUGCCACAAAUAGUAACGUCAAUGAAUGGGCAUAGUUGUGUUCCAAUAAUAUUUUACUGAUGGACACUGAAGUCACAUUUCAUAUAAUUUUCUUAUAACAUGAAAUUUUUAAAAAUUGUAAAAGUCACUUUUCGCACAUCGACCAUCCACACACUCAGGGGGCGGGCUGGAUUUGGCCUGUGGGCUGGAGCUUGCUGACCCCUGGCAUAGGCUGUCUUUCCCAAACUUGUUUCCAUGCCCUACAUUACAUCCAACAUGGAGACUCAUGCUGUUUCUUGGCUUGAAGUCUCCUUUGGAAAUCAUUUCAAAUUUUCAUUUCCCUUAUGGCAGAGACACCCACCUUAUAUCCAAACCUGAUCUUUUCUGCUUUAAACUUAAGCUCCUUUUGUGCUUUUGUUCAUCCUCUGUAG